AUGGCCGAAUCAGCUAAUGUUGGAAGCAAAGGGAAUACCUUCGAAGAGAUCGAACUGACAGUAAACAAGAUACAUGGCGAUAAAACUCAGCAAAGCACUGAAGGCAGCACCGAUACUAAAAAUGAGGAAAAAUUCCAGCCUUACAAGAAAAUCUUGGUAGAAAAUGGUUUCGUUCAUGUUAACAUACAGGGUAAUCUUCGAAAACCGGCAAUGAUCACGUUUCAUGACUUUGGAUUAAAUCAUAAGACUUGUUUUGGUGGAUAUCUUGGAUUCCCAGAAUCAGAAGUAUUGUUAGAAAAUUUUUGUAUUUACCACGUGGAUGCACCAGGACAGCUAUCAAUACCCGACAAUGGAUCAGUUGGCUAA